AUGUUUGCACAAUGCUCAACAGUUGCAACACUUUUCAUCGGAUACAAAAUUGAUUCGUACUCUGAAAGCUGCUAUCCAGCAAUGAGCGAGCCAGAGGCCAAAUUGAGUAAGAAUGAGCAGAAACGGCUCGCCAAGCAAGCCAAGAAGGAGCAGGAGCGUCUUGAAAAGGAGGCUGCAAAGCUGAAUGUGGCUGUGGCCGAUGCGCCAAAAGCUCCUCGUGAAGCUGAUCCUUCCGAUCCACAAGAAUACUUCAACAUGAGAGUUCGUAUGAUCGAGGCCCGUAGAGCUGCAGGAGAGAAUCCUUUCCCUCAUAAAUUUAAUGUGACUAUCUCGCUGACGGACUUCAUCGCCAAGUACUCUCCGCUCCAAAAUGAGCAAGUUGCCGAUGAAAUCGUUUCUGUUGCCGGACGUAUUCACUCCAAGCGCGAGUCUGGAUCAAAACUCGUGUUCUACGACAUUCACGGGGAAGGAACGCAUAUCCAAAUCAUGGCCAACGCGAGAUUCCACACCGGAGACGUUGAUUUCGUAACACUUCAUGAUCGUAUCAAGCGUGGAGAUAUCGUUGGAUUUACUGGUCAAGCAACCAGAACCAAAGCUGGAGAGUUGUCACUGAUCCCGAAGGAAGUUUUGCAGCUCACCCCAUGUCUUCAUAUGCUUCCGCAUUCCCACUUCGGGCUUAAGGACAAGGAAUUGAGAUUCCGCAAGCGCUACUUGGAUCUCAUUUUGAAUCCUCGCGUCAAGGACAACUUUGUGAUCCGCAGCAAGAUCAUUACAUUCCUUCGUCGUUAUCUGGACAAUCUCGGUUUCCUUGAAGUCGAAACCCCAAUUAUGAACCAGAUUGCUGGUGGAGCCACUGCCAAGCCUUUCAUCACCCACCACAACGAUUUGGAUAUGAAUCUCUUUUUGCGUGUUGCUCCGGAGCUCUACCAUAAGAUGCUCGUUGUUGGAGGAAUCGAUCGUGUUUAUGAGGUUGGACGUCUUUUCCGUAAUGAGGGAAUCGACUUGACCCACAACCCGGAAUUCACAACUUGCGAGUUUUACAUGGCGUAUGCUGACUACGAAGAUGUCAUCCAGCUCACUGAGGAUCUUCUCAGUAGCAUGGUUUUGGCUAUCAAGGGAACUUACAAGAUUGAGUAUCAUCCAAAUGGACCAAAUACCGAGCCAGUGUACGAAGUUGAUUUCACUCCACCGUUCAAGAGAGUCAAUAUGUAUGAGGGUCUUGCCGAGAAGCUCAAUACUAAGCUUCCUGAUCCAUCGACUUUGGAUACAGAAGAAGCUCGUCAAACUUUCGACAAACUAUGUCGUGACAACAAUGUUGAUUGUUCUGAGCCACGUACCACGGCUCGUCUUCUUGACAAGCUCGUCGGAGAAUAUUUGGAGAGCACUUUCAUCUCUCCAACAUUCCUUAUCGGACAUCCGCAAAUCAUGUCUCCGCUGGCCAAGUGGCAUCGAUCAAUUCCAGGAUUGACAGAACGUUUCGAGCUCUUCGCUGUCACUCGUGAAAUCGCGAAUGCUUACACAGAGUUGAAUGAUCCAAUCACUCAACGACAACGUUUCGAGCAACAGGCCAAAGACAAGGACGCUGGAGAUGACGAGGCUCAAAUGAUCGACGAGACAUUCUGCAAUGCUUUGGAAUAUGGACUUCCACCAACCGGAGGAUGGGGAAUGGGAAUCGAUCGAUUGUCGAUGAUUCUCACCGACAACAACAACAUUAAGGAAGUGCUCUUGUUCCCGGCAAUGAGACCAGAAGAUGGUACAGAGAAGAAAGAAAGCGACGCACCAUCAACAUCUGCCUAA